AUGGCUGAUACUAUCUUUGGUAACGGCAGCGAUCAGUGGGUGUGUCCCAAUGACCGGCAGCUGGCGCUGAGAGCCAAGCUCCAGACUGGCUGGUCGGUGCACACAAACCAGACUGACAAGCAGAGGAAAACGCAGGUGCUGAACCCGAAGGAGCUGGAGGUCAUCCUGGAGGUCAUCCGCAGGGCGGAGAAGCUGGACCUUGUGGAGCAGCAGCGAAUCGGGCGCCUGGUGGAGCGGCUGGAAAACAUGAGGAAGAACGUGAUGGGGAAUGGGCUGUCUCAGUGCUUACUCUGUGGCGAGCUGUUGGGGCUGCUGGGGACCACAUCGGUCUUCUGUCAGGACUGCAAAAAGAAAGUCUGCACCAAAUGCGGAAUUGAAAGUCUCGGGACCCAGAAACGCCCUCUCUGGCUGUGCAAAAUCUGCAGUGAACAAAGAGAGGUUUGGAAGAGGUCUGGCGCAUGGUUCUACAAAGGAUUGCCUAAGUACAUCAUGCCUUUGAAAACCACCAAAGCCAACGAACUGCGUCUGCGGCCUCGACAAGCUGAGCCAGAUGUGCAAGAAGUGAAGGGCGUCGGGACAAAUCGCUCCUACACCUGGGCCAGAGGGAGAGUGGUUUCUAGCGACAGCGAGAGCGACUCAGAAUUCAGCUCCUCGAGCCUGGAUGACAAGUCCUUGUCUGGGGGGCCCAAGGGCUUGAAGAUCAGGAAGCAUCACGCGGAAUCAGCGGCUGGCAGUGACUCCCCCAGAACGCCCAGCGGGAGCACCCACUCCAACGCCUUCUCGGAGAGCCGCAGCAGCCUGGGCAGCGAGCGCGGGGGAGGCCCGAGUGCUACCGAGAGCUGCCAGAAUGACCUGCUGGCGGAGGAGUGUGACAGUGAUGUCAGCAGGAGUGCCCCCGGCAAACGACGCAUCCACCCAAGUCCCUGGUGCUGA